ACCUCUGACAGGGUAGCGAGAUUUUUCGAGAUCUUCCCCGGCUCCAUUCAUCCCUUCGCAGACAGUAGUGCGACUGCUCGCCGGAUCCUGGUGUUCAUCACUUUGCUACAGACAUGUCGGUGGUGGGAAUAGAUUUGGGAUUUCAGAGCUGCUAUGUCGCUGUGGCCCGGGCUGGAGGCAUCGAAACUGUUGCUAAUGAGUACAGCGACCGCAGUACCCCGUCAUGCAUUUCAUUUGGCCCGAAAAACCGCUCUAUUGGUGCAGCUGCAAAAAGUCAAGUCAUAUCAAAUGCAAAAAACACAUUACAAGGUUUCAAGAGGUUUCAUGGCCGGGCAUACACCGAUCCUUUUGUGCAGGCUGAAAAGCCCAACCUUGCCUAUGAAAUUACGGAGUUACCAACUGGCUCAGCUGGAAUUAAGGUCAUGUACUUGGAAGAGGAAAAAAGUUUUACCAUUGAGCAGGUGACAGCAAUGCAGCUGACGAAGCUUAAGGAAACUGCAGAAAGCGCACUAAAGAAACCUGUGGUGGACUGUGUUGUGGCUGUUCCCUGUUUCUUCACUGAUGCAGAGCGGAGGUCUGUGAUGGAUGCCACCCAGAUUGCAGGUCUUAAUUGCCUGAGAUUGAUAAAUGAGACUACUGCAGUUUCUCUUGCAUAUGGAAUAUAUAAACAAGAUUUACCUGCUCCAGAAGAGAAACCGAGGAUUGUGGUGUUUGUGGAUAUGGGGCAUUCUGGCUAUCAAGUCUCUGUAUGUGCUUUCAACAAAGGAAAACUUAAAGUUCUUGCUACAGCAUUUGACCCUCUCUUGGGUGGUAGAAAUUUUGAUGACGUCUUGGUUAACUAUUUUUGUGAGGAGUUUGGCAAGAAAUACAAGCUGGACAUUAAAUCUAAGAUCAGACCUCUACUACGGCUUGCCCAGGAGUGUGAAAAACUCAAGAAAUUAAUGAGUGCAAAUGCCUCGGAUUUACCACUAAACAUUGAAUGUUUCAUGAAUGAUAUUGAUGUCUCUGGCACUAUGAACAGGAGCCAUUUUGAAGAAAUGUGUGACAGUCUCUUAUCUCGAGUUGAACCUCCACUGCGCAGUGUUUUGGAACAGGCCAAACUGAAAAAAGAAGAUGUUUAUGCAGUGGAAAUAGUUGGUGGUGCCACUCGGAUCCCUUCAGUUAAAGAGAGAAUCAUAAAGUUCUUUGGCAAAGAUAUCAGCACAACAUUAAAUGCUGAUGAAGCUGUAGCCAGAGGCUGUGCUUUACAGUGCGCUAUCCUGUCCCCAGCGUUUAAAGUUCGAGAAUUUUCUAUUACUGAUUUGGUGCCAUAUCCCAUAUCAUUGAAGUGGAAUUCUCCAGCUGAGGAAGGAUUAAGUGAUUGUGAGGUGUUCCCCAAGAAUCAUGCUGCUCCCUUCUCCAAAGUGCUUACAUUCUACAGAAAGGAUCCUUUCACUCUCGAUGCAUAUUACAGCGCCCCCAAGGAACUGCCUUAUCCUGAUCCAUCCUUGGGCCAAUUCCACGUUCAGAAGGUAGUUCCUCAGGCUGAUGGCUCCAGUUCUAAGGUGAAGGUGAAAGUGCGUGUAAAUGUUCAUGGGAUUUUUAGUGUUUCCAGUGCAUCUCUUGUCGAAAUCCUUAAAACAGAGGAUGGUGAGGAACCAAUGGAAACAGACCAGCUUGCAAAGGAGGAGGAUAAAAUGCAAGUUGAUCAAGAAGAGCCUAAACCAGAAGAAACUACACAAACACAAGCAGAAAACAAGACUAAUCCUGAUGAAAUGGAGACAUCUCAAACUGCACCCAAGGAAAAGAAGACUGAUCAGCCUCCUCAAGCAAAGAAAGCCAAAGUAAAGACCAGCACAGUCGAGCUGCCUGUUGACCAUUAUCCACCGUGGCAGAUAGGAAGAGAUAUGCUGAACUUAUUUGUUGAGAAUGAGGGCAAGAUGAUUAUGCAGGACAAACUUGAGAAGGAGAGAAAUGAUGCCAAGAACGCAGUAGAAGAGUAUGUGUAUGAAAUGAGGGAUAAACUUUGUGGCAUUUAUGAGAAAUUUGUGAACGAAGAUGAUCGCAAUAGUUUCAUCCUCAAGCUUGAAGAUACUGAGAACUGGUUGUAUGAGGAUGGGGAAGAUCAGUCCAAACAAGUUUAUAUAGAUAAAUUUAAUGACCUAAAGAAUUUGGGUCAGCCUAUCCAGACACGCUAUCAGGAAUUUGAGGACCGACCAAAGACAUUUGAAGAAUUAGGGAAACAAAUUCAGCUUUACAUGAAAGCAGUUCAUGCAUUUAAAAAUAAGGAUGAGGCAUAUGAUCACUUGGAUUCUGCUGAUAUGGAGAAAGUGGAAAAGAGUGUAAAUGAGGCCAUGGAGUGGAUGAACAACAAAAUGAAUUUGCAAAUGAAGCAUAGUCUAAAUGUAGAUCCAGUAGUGAAAGCAAAAGAAAUUCAGGCCAAAACAAAAGAGUUGACAAGUACGUGUAAUCCAAUAGUCACAAAACCAAAACCCAAGGUCGAGCCCCCAAAAGAAGAGCAGCAGCCGAAUGAGCAUAAUGGACCAGUAGACAAUAGUACAAAUAGUCAAGGGCCACAGCAAGCUGAACAGAGCCCAAACACUGCAGCUUCUGAAACAGAAAAGAAGCUUCCUGAAAUGGACAUUGAAUAAAUUCCACCACCUAUAUCUAUUCUCAAACAGUAUAAUAAAGCUUUAAGUUGUUACCUUCAUAUGGUUCAGAAUACAGACCAGAGAAAAGUGAUUGCUGCAAGUUUCUCAGUCUCCUAGCUUCAUUUCUCUGCAUUGUUUUUUUUUCUACACCCAUUGACGUUUGUAUUGUUUGAUAACGUUCUUUUUUUCUAUUGUUGCUUUAGAGUCAGUCCUUAUUGCUACAAUUUACUAGCGAUUGCUGUAACUUGCACAUGAACCUCUAGGAUUUUGUCUGAAGUUACAACAGAUCUGUAGCAUAAUAAUAGUAGUAUUCAAAGUCUAAAGAGACACAUAGAAAACCUCUUACCGCAUUAAAAGCAACACUCCUGUGGUUUUUGCUUUUAUGUUCUUUUAUAGAUGCUGAAGUUUUUGGUUUGUAUCUUUAUCUGUAUGCUGCACUUUUACCCCAUUGACAGUUGGUAAACUACAGUAAUACCGACCUCUUGCAUGGCAGCCUGUUUGCUUGGUGGUGCUUGCAAGACAUGGCGUAUUACAACCCAGCACUUUCCACUGUCUACUCAUAGCAACAUUUGUCUAGAGCUAGAAACUCCCCUUUCUUUGUCUAAUUAAAUAUUACAUUUUCUAUCAUAAAAGCAACUAUCACUCUUUUAUUUUUAAAUACAAUAUAUGUGCUAGAAAAUGAUUCCAUCGUAUUGAUUGCCCACUUGAUAUAAUAAGUCACACAGUGCAACAGAAUGAACUGCAUAACCAUAAUUUUGUUAGGUAUUAAUCUACAAAAGGCAUAACAAAAAAGGAAGAAAUCACUUUUUAAGAGUUGAGUACUGAACAAAGUUCAUUUGUCCUUUUCUCUCCUAGAAGAGCCAUGAACGCAUGGUGCCACAGCUUGAGGCAGUAAUGAUGAUCUUAAAAGGUAUAGGUGAAUUUGCUUGUACCUGUGCAAUGCAUUUUUUGUCUAUCAUUCAUCAUGUUAUUUUAAACAUGACACAUUCAGUAAUUUUUUUGUGUGUUAACUGUAUAGGUUCCAUUUUAAAACUGGAUUUUCUGAAAAUUGUGUAAAGAUGUUGCAGGUCUAUUGAAAAAUGUAUAUGCAGCAUUUGUACAUAAUUAUUCUAAUAUGUUAUCACAGCCCAUAAAAAUUUCAUCUUUGUAUUAUUUUUUUUAUGAUUAUUAUAACUAAAAUUCUAAUACGCCUACAGCAAAUCUGGUCAGAAAUAAACAUUCUGGGUUGGAA